AAAAGCAUUCAACAUGGCGUUCAAGAAAGUAUUCAUAUUCUAGCAGAGGAUGAGAAAGGGGCAUAGAAUCCAUAUUAGUAGCGAUGUGCAACGCUUCUCACGUGACUUUCGUAGUCGUUUCAGCAUGCUCGGCCCGCCUCGCCCACAACCGACCACCAAACAGCGAGUGUGGAGCAGAAGGAUGCCAGCGAGAUUGGCCUGCGAUGGUCUUCAAUGCAACACAAUGCAACACAAUCCAACACAGUACAACACAAUCCAACACAAUAACAACAAGUGGGCGAGUAGUGAGCAUGCUGGAAGGGUCCAGGAGGUCUAAGUCUAUUGUCACCAAUGGGAAGGUGGUGUCUAGCAUUCACCCUCACCUGAGGCGGACAGCAAGUGAUCGGCGCAGCGAGUGAUCCCUGAAAAACGACACGUUUGCAAGGUGGCUGCUGGAAGAUACCGAGAUGACAUGUGCCCUGACUCCUCUGCGACUGCA